UUCGUCUCAGCAGCAAAGCCAAAUCCAAGCCGCCACCAUCACUGCUCCUCCCUCCUUCACUCCCCAGUACUCUUCCCCGCACGUCCCACGCAGCUGGGGACGCCCAAGUACUACCCGCAUCCCCUCCCAUUUACUGAGCCUCUGAACCAGGAGGAGGAGGAGGAGGAGGAGAAGAAUUGAUUGCUGAUCCUGCGCAAACCAAUAAAUUCCUCCUGCCCCGCCGCGCGCGCGCGAGAUCAUCAUGGCUGCUGCUGCUGCUGGCGCCACGAGGAGGGCCGCCUCCUCGCUCGCCUCCCGCUGCCUGCUCUCCAGGCCCGCAGCGUCGCCCGCUGCUGUCCCCUCCGCGCUCCGCAGGGCAGAUGGAGCACGUGGAUUGUUGCCAGGACUCCUUCAGAGGUUCGGCACUGCCGCAGCAGCAGAGGAGCCCAUUUCGCCUUCUGUCCAAGUGGGCGAGACGCAGCUCCUUAUCAACGGCAAAUUCGUUGAUGCUGCAUCUGGCAAGACCUUCCCGACUCUGGAUCCUCGCACUGGGGAGGUGAUUGCCCGUGUGUCUGAAGGAGAUGCCGAAGAUGUUGACCGUGCAGUUGUUGCGGCGCGCAAGGCAUUCGAUGAAGGGCCAUGGCCAAAGAUGACUGCCUAUGAGAGAUCCCGGAUUCUUCUGCGAUUUGCUGAUUUGAUAGAGAAGCACAAUGACGAAAUUGCUGCACUGGAGACGUGGGACAACGGGAAGCCCUAUGAGCAAGCUGCCCACAUCGAAGUGCCAAUGCUUGCUCGGCUUAUGCGGUACUAUGCAGGCUGGACUGACAAGAUCCAUGGCCUCAUCGUACCGGCUGAUGGCCCGCACCAUGUACAGGUGCUGCACGAGCCGAUUGGUGUCGUGGGUCAGAUCAUCCCGUGGAACUUCCCACUUUUGAUGUAUGGCUGGAAAGUUGGCCCUGCUUUGGCCUGUGGGAACACCAUCGUUCUCAAGACUGCUGAGCAAACUCCUCUAUCUGCCCUCUAUGUUUCUAAGCUGUUGCAUGAGGCUGGACUACCCGAAGGUGUCCUCAACAUCGUAUCUGGUUUCGGUCCUACUGCUGGGGCUGCUCUUGCUAGCCACAUGGAUGUUGACAAGAUUGCAUUCACUGGAUCAACAGAUACUGGGAAAGUUAUUCUUGAGUUAUCUGCACGGAGCAAUCUUAAGCCAGUGACACUGGAGCUAGGAGGCAAGUCUCCUUUUAUCGUCAUGGAUGAUGCAGAUAUCGACCAAGCCGUUGAGCUUGCGCAUUUUGCGCUGUUUUUUAACCAGGGACAAUGCUGCUGCGCUGGGUCUCGCACGUUCGUACAUGAGCGUGUUUAUGAUGAGUUUGUUGAGAAGUCCAAGGCUCGCGCUUUGAAGCGUGUAGUUGGUGAUCCAUUCAGGAAAGGUGUUGAGCAGGGCCCUCAGAUUGAUGACGAGCAAUUUAAGAAGAUCUUGCGGUACAUUAAGUCGGGUGUGGACAGUGGAGCCACCCUUGUGACAGGUGGUGACAAGUUGGGUGACAAAGGUUACUACAUCCAGCCAACAAUUUUCUCAGAUGUGCAGGAUGGCAUGAAGAUUGCCCAAGAGGAGAUAUUUGGGCCUGUUCAGUCGAUUUUCAAGUUCAAUGACCUCAACGAGGUGAUCAAGAGGGCGAACGCAAGCCAGUACGGAUUGGCCGCAGGUGUUUUCACCAACAACCUGGACACGGCCAACACCUUGACGCGUGCCCUCAGGGCUGGCACGGUCUGGGUGAACUGCUUCGACAUCUUUGACGCCGCGAUCCCCUUCGGCGGGUACAAGAUGAGCGGCAUCGGUAGGGAGAAGGGCAUCGACAGCCUGAAGAACUACCUGCAAGUCAAGGCGGUCGUCACCGCACUUAAGAACCCCGCAUGGUUGUGAGCAUAGCGCACCUAUGGUCCUACUUGAGACUCUGGAGAACGUGAAGAUUCGCGACAAUUGGAUGAGAAGAGGAAGAUGACGAUGAUGACACCAACGAGGAUCACUAAUAAGCCCUGCCUUCAUGGGCAGCCACCGUCUAAUAAAUAUCAUAUGUGAUUUGGUUUGCUUUGUCAACCGCGGCAAGACAUAUGUUGUAGCAACAUUAUGUUUAUUAUCGCUUGUUGGAGAAGUCUCUGGUUGCAGUACAUCUGUUUUUUUUUUAUCAGUCGUUGUUCUUCUACACAUAUGAAGCUAAUGGUGUUCACUACCCUA